AGCUCCAAUAACAAGUGUCGCACCUUCGGCGGCAGCCGGACAGGCGUGCCACAUCUUUCCAGAGUGCCUUGCAGACUCUGCUGACUCUGAGUGUACGAGAGUGCGAGCCGUGAGUGUCCUCCUCGAGCCGCGGACCGCGCGGGCCCGAACUCUCCGUUCAACCGCCCGGGCUCCGCCGCACCGCCAUCAGAGACGCUUGCACCGCACUACCGCACUCGGAACUCACCGCCGCGGAGCCUGUGUGUGCGAGCCCGGCGUCAGGCUCGCCGGAGCCGGAGCCGGAGCCGGAGCCGGAGGCCGCCGGUCGGGGCAUGCGGCGUUAAGCUGGCGCCCCCAGCGCCGCGCCCGCGCCAGCCGUCGCCGCGCACCAUGCUCCUGGAGACGAUGCUGCCGCACCUCAGCUACAACGGCAUGAGCAUGCCGUUCGGCAUGUUCAUGCCGCGGCCGCUGGUCGGCCUGCCGGGCCACAACGGGCUGCCGCUGCCAUUCGCCGUGGCGCGGCCGAAGCCGGUGCCGCCGCUCUCCAACGAGCAUCCGGGCCUGCCCUUCAGCAUGCAGCGUAUCCUGACCGGCCACCUGGGCCAGCUGGGCCAGCUGGGUCAGAUCGGCCAGCCGCCCAAGUCGCCCGACGAGCGCUACGAGAAGGAGAUGGAUGAAGAGUUUGAGGACGGCGAGGACGCGGCGUCGAAGCGGCGCCGGUCGCGCACCAACUUCAACAGCUGGCAGCUGGAGGAGCUGGAGCGUGCCUUCCAGUCGGGACACUACCCGGACGUCUUCAUGCGGGAGGCGCUGGCCAUGAGACUGGGGCUCACGGAGAGCAGGGUGGCGGUCUGGUUCCAGAACCGACGCGCCAAAUGGCGCAAGAAGGAGCACACGAAAAAGGGACCGGGCCGGCCGGCGCACAACGCGCACCCGCAGACCUGCAGCGGCGACCCCAUCUCACCGGAGGAGCUGGAGCGAAAGGAGCAGGACAAGCGCGAGCGCAAGCUGAUAAAGCAGCUGGAGCGGCAGCAGCGCAAGCUCGCCCAGAAGGGCAUCCACGUGGAGCUGACGACGCUGCGAGCCGAGUGGGAAGGCCGGCAGCGGCGCGACGAACCGGAGAUCGACGUCGUGUCCACCGAGGACGCUUCCAGCGAUUCGCUGAGCCUGCCGGCGCCGGCGCCGGCGCGCAAGGCGACCCUCUUCAGCAUCGAGAGCUUGCUGGGUGAGCGACGACCGGACCCAGUGGAAGCCCAGGACACACCUGCUGCAGAUCAUGCUGCAGGCCCUGUUGGAAGCCCCUGCUGGAUGCUUUGCUGGAGGCCUUGCUGGAGGUUCCGUUGA